CCUCACAUGACCCAGCUUAAUCCUCUACUCCUCUCUUCCUGAAGCUGCACACUGCAGUAGGAGCAUAGCAGAAAUGCAGACAAAAGGGGGACCAAAAUGUGCAAGACGGGCCCUACUGCUUGGCAUCCUCUGGAGCACCACACACCUGCCUCUCCCAGGAGCUUCCUUGCCCCAGCGUCUCCCAAGGGCUACAGAAAAUAGCACCCAAUGUGUUAUUUCUCCAUCAUCGGAGUUUCCCGAAGGGUUUUUCACAAAACAGGAGCGCAGAGACGGAGGCAUCAUAAUCUACUUCCUAAUUAUCCUUUAUAUGUUCAUGGCUGUGUCUAUUGUCUGUGAAGAGUACUUUCUACCCUCCCUGGAAAUCAUCAGUGAAUCCCUUGGAUUGUCUCAGGAUGUUGCAGGUGCAACUUUCAUGGCAGCGGGUAGUUCAGCUCCUGAAUUAGUUACUGCUUUCCUAGGUGUAUUUAUCACAAAGGGAGAUAUUGGCAUUAGUACCAUUCUCGGAUCUGCAAUUUAUAACCUGCUUGGUAUCUGUGCAGCCUGUGGCUUACUGUCUAAUGUGGUUUCAACACUCUCAUGUUGGCCCCUAUUCAGAGACUGUGCAGCAUAUGCAAUUAGUGUAGCAGCAGUUCUUGGCAUAAUAUUUGACAACCAAGUUUACUGGUAUGAAGGAAGUUUAUUGCUUUUGAUAUAUGGAUUAUAUGUGUUGGUGCUGUGUUUCGACAUUAAAAUUAACCAAUAUAUUAUAAAGAAAUGCAGUUCUUGCUGUACUGGUCUUGCAAAAGCUAUGGAGGAGAGAAGUGAACACCAGCCACUCAUGGGAUGGGAAGAUGAGGGUCAACCAUUCAUUCGUCGGCAGUCAAGAACUGACAGUGGGAUAUUUCAUGAAGAUUCUGGCUACUGUCAGCUCUCUAUAAGUUUACAUGGUCUUAGCCAGGUUUCUGAAGAUCCACCAAGUGUUUUCAACAUGCCUGAAGCAGACUUAAAAAGAAUUUUUUGGGUAUUAUCCCUUCCUAUUAUUACAUUACUUUUUCUAACCACACCAGAUUGUAGAAAAACAUUUUGGAGGAACUACUUUGUGAUAACCUUUUUCAUGUCUGCACUAUGGAUAUCUGCAUUCACAUAUAUUCUGGUUUGGAUGGUCACAAUAACUGGAGAAACACUAGAAAUUCCAGAUACAGUAAUGGGCCUUACUUUAUUAGCAGCAGGAACAAGCAUACCAGACACAAUUUCAAGUGUGCUGGUUGCAAAGAAAGGUAAAGGAGAUAUGGCUAUGUCUAACAUCGUGGGAUCCAAUGUGUUUGAUAUGCUAUGUCUUGGUGUUCCGUGGUUUAUUAAAACUGCAUUUGUAAACGCAUCAGCUCCUAUAGAAGUGAACAGCAGAGGACUAACUUACAUAACCAUCUCUCUCAACAUUUCAAUUAUAUUUCUCUUCUUAGCAGUUCACUUCAAUGGCUGGAAACUAGACAGAAAGUUAGGAAUAGUAUGCCUACUAUUAUAUGUGGGGCUUGCUACAUUAUCAAUUCUGUAUGAACUUGGAAUUAUUGGAAGUAAUAAAAUAAGGGGUUGUGGAGGUUGAUAUUAUUAAUAGUGUUAUGUGGAAAAUGUGAAUGUCAGGGAGGGAA